UCAAUCUUGUCAUUGUUAUCAUUUUUGUCUUAAUUUCAAAAAUGUAAGAUUUUAGUAACCUCAAGCAUCUUAAAUUUUUCCUUAUCAUACAUAAUUGGCGAAUAUUGAUUGAAUAUCUGUAAAAGUUCAAUGGAAAUCGCAAGAAAGAUGUUUAUGUAUUAUAAAAGUCGAUUAAAAAAUGGAUACCACAGUUUAUCUACGAGUAGUUAUUGCGCGAAGGAAUGCGAGAAAACAAAAAUCAAUUUAAAUGAUGGUUGGAAUCGACGCGUUGUCUCCGGAUUACAGCCGACAGGCUCUAUACACGUUGGUAAUUAUUUUGGCGCUGUGCGUCGGUGUGUUCGUCUGCAGGAUCAAGGUGACGACCUUAUGCUCUUCAUUGCUGAUCUUCACGCGCACACCACUCCACAGGAUCCUAUAAAAGUACAAGAAAACACACUCGACCUCACUGCAUACUUGUUGGCCAGUGGUGUGGACCCGGAGCGCACAGUUUUGUUUGCACAAUCGGCAGUGCCACGCCAUGCAGAGCUAUGCUGGCUACUAGCUUGUUUAGCUACACAUGCACGUCUCGCUCACUUACCACAGUUUAAAGAAAAAUCUGCUAAUAUGAAAGAAGUUCCCAUUGGUUUAUUGCUCUAUCCAGUACUUCAGGCAGCAGAUAUUUUGGUGUAUCGUGGUACACAUGUUCCUGUGGGCGUGGAUCAGCUUCAACAUUUGCAAGUCACUUCACAGCUUGUGAAGACCUUUCACCAUCGCUUUGGACGCUUGUUCCCUACUCCACAGCCUAUCUUACCAGAUGAUGGGAGCGAUCGGGUCAGAAGUCUCCGUGACCCCACCAAGAAGAUGUCCAAAUCUGACACUGAUCCCAAGUCUCGAAUAUUAUUGAGCGAUUCAGAUGAAAAUAUUAGACUAAAAAUAAGAAAAGCUGUGACAGACUUUACACCCCAGGUGACAUUUGACAUGGAUACAAGGCCGGGCGUCUCCAACCUCAUCAUGCUACACUGUCUCGCCGCCGAUAAGUUGGUGGAAGAGGCGGUAGAGGAGGCGGACGGACUCACGACGGCGCAGUACAAGCGAGUCGUGAGCGACGCGCUGUGCGAGGCGCUGAGCCCGCUGCGGGAGCGCGCGGCGGAGCUCCGGCGCCGGCCGCAGCUGCUGCGCGACGUGCUGAGGCACGGCGCCGCGCGGGCCAGGGCGCGCGCCGACGUCGUCUACGCGGACGUCGCCGACAGGCUCGGCCUGACGCCCGUCGCCUCCGAGCCUCGAGUCCUGACUCAUGCUCUACGUCUCAAAUAAAGAAAUAUCUUGUACAUACA